AUGUACACCUUCAGCGUUGGAACCAUCGCUGCAAUCAUCAACGCUGCCGUUGCGGUCCUACAGUUAGCUUUACCCAAUGUCCUCGUCCUUACACUUGUGGCGGCCCUAUCGGACACGCACACAGCGGUGACGUGGUCUGUCGUGGAACGCAACAUCCAGAGUUCGCUCUGGCAUCUUCUGCUACGGUCGGACUCCGCCGCAUCGAAACAUGUCCAGCUCAGUAGCGAGAUCAUCACACUGCUUCGGCCCAUCGCGUUGGGUUUGGUAGCAGUUGCAGCCAUCGUUACUCCACUGGGCCUGUACGAGGACAUACAACCUAGCACGAAGCCUCACCUACUCAACUUCGUCCGGCAGCCAGACCAAGGACCGUUUGGCCUACUGACACCUCCACGCUCGGGUCUAGGCUUCUCACGAGGAUGUUCAGAUGUAGGUGGCGCUUUACCAGCUCAAUGUCCGGGAACCACCACCCUCAUCACCUACUCCAACGACAGUGUCACCUUCAAUGCUACGAUUGUACACGAUGACUACGACCGAUGGAUCCCGGCGCAGCUUGCAGAGCUAUACCAGAGCGGCUUGAUAUCUCAGCCCUCCAGCGUAUCAAGCUUCUUCGACAUUGAAUGGCGCUGGUAUGAAGAACAUACUCGCGAUAAUAUCCGCAACCAAUCCUAUUCGGUCGAUAGCUAUCAUCCCAUCGCCCCUGUGAUAGGCGAGAGCGGGAUAAAGGUGGUAGAAGGGCUGAUAGUCGACACUCGAGACGGAGGAGUUGGAUUUCGCAGCCAUACAGUCCCAGCCGCCUCCGAUGUACCGCACGGUGCUGAAUGGGAAGAGGACAUCCUGUUCUUCCUCCCUGAAACCGCUUGUGUCGACACAAAUCUCACUCUGGAAUACUUGGUGCCAUCGGAGGACGACCUUUCCGGUCAGGUGAAACAAAACAUUGUUGACCAGGGCGGAUUUGCUCAGUUCUCACGUCAGAAUCCAUGGGACGACGGGCGGUAUGGCGACACUCAGGAAGACCCAACACUUCGAGAUCGUGCGUACCGGGCUGCUUGGACCAUGAACGCGCUCAACAUGUUCUUCUUCGACACCAGCGCACCCCACACCAAUUUCAGCUCCAUCAGAUCUCACCUCGGAAAGAGAUAUCCGGUCAACAACACGUUUUCGAUAAACUACGAAUUAGCCGCUAAGCUCAUGUCGCUCGCCAUGUUGAGCCUGGACCCUUACAGCGGUUUGGUUGAUGUGCCCUUCACGCCAUCCACGUACUCGAACGGGAGUCUUGUGUCCAACGAAACGCGCAUGUCUGGUCACAGCGAGUCCAGCUGGCCCAACCCCUACGGCAUAAGCACAAACAACUAUACUCUUGCGAACAUAGGCUGCCUGGGUUUUGCCAGCGGCGACUGGGUGAACAAGACGAACAUCCAGGUAAAGUGCGGCCUCGUCCUAGGGCCCGCCAACAAGACCAGCGGAUCCGACAAUAUGCUCGUGGAACCAGGCUCGACCUGGACGCGGCCGGUAUACAUGUGUUCCAGCACCACAAAAGCGAUCAUCAGAACCGUGCACUUUUCCUUCCGGCAAGCCAGAGGAGCAGGGCUAGAAGCUCUUGCCGUCAACUCCAUCGCCGACAAACAUUACGUCACCAACUCCUCUCUUCCCCUCUGGGGCGUCGAGACUCCCCACAUGUCGCUAAUCCAAAUGACACCCUUCUGGGGCCUCAUAGAUCCCGAGAUGCAAAACUCAGCCAACCUCUCGACAGUCCGAUCCGACCAUCUCUACCUCCCCGCCUCCGACAACUCGAUUUGGCACAACGCACUUUAUACCGAUGGCGGCUCCUCCUACAUGCCCGCCACCGCCGCGCCGGCCAUGCUCUGGGAAUCCGCCUACGCGCCGCAGGGACUCUACGACGGUUUGCAGGACUUAUCCGGAUACACGAGUCUCGCGAUCGCGAGCAGGUGGAAGAACAUGUCGUCCACCACCACCGGCACGGCGGGGAUCAUGAACCUGAUCUGGACGGACUUUGCCGCCAACGCGCUCAUCGGCACCCGCGGAUGGCUUUCGGGGAAGGACACUCUGCCGCCGAACCUGAACAUGCAAAGUCCGCUGCAAAAGCACGCUGAGCCACACGCACCCCCGCGCAGCGGCAGCGGCAGCGUCCCAGUCCGCAUCUACCAACGCACCGUCCACUACCGCUGGAUUUACGCCAUCCCCGCCUUCCUCUGCCUGUUCGUCGCGGGCCUCAUCUGCCUCAGCGCCGUGGUAGCUUUUAUCUCCGGCAAAGGCCGCGUGUCGCGGGUCCGACACUAUCUCAACCGCUUGUCGGCGGGGCGGCUUCUCGUGGCGUUGAAGUUGGAGGAGCGGGAUUGGGAGUCCAGCACGAAGCUCUGGCUCGCUAUGCGUGGGGGGAGAUCGGUGUCGUUGGCGUAUGAGAGUGUGGCGGCGGAGGAGCGGGAGGUGCAUGUUGUUAGGACGAAGGGAGUUGAACUGGGCUAG